GAACCCAGUGAGAAUCAGACAUUCUAAAAAUCGUUCAAAACAUUUAUGGAACAGUAACAAAGAAUUAAUAGUGCAGUGUAAUAAAAAAUUGUAUAGUCAAUUAUGUGUCUGUACACUGCCACUGGAAUCAUUUUGCAGUUCUUCUAGUGUGUUGAUGAUUAUCAUAAUAUUGUUUGAACCUUUGGUGAUUACUCAACGAAUAAUAAUCAUGAUAGAAUGCCUGAUUUUGUAGAUGAAGUAUUAAGAUGGAAUCCAUCAGGAAAUUGAGUAAUUUCAAUUUUCAGUGGACAAACACCUGGUACCAGAAUGAUUUAAAGAAUAUUAUAUUCUUUUUUACUUUUUUCAAGGGCAAAAGGUAUAAUUUCAUGUAGUUAUCUGUAAUAAAACCAAAGACUGUGAAAACCCUGGUAAAAAUUUCAUGUGUUAGAUGUCAUUUUGUGAAAUUUGACAUUUAUUUUCUCAGGCUGUCACGAGAAACUUUCUUUGGUGUUAUCACAGAACUAACUAAUAUUACAUCUGUAAAAAGAAUGUGAUAUUGUUUAAAAUAUUCUGGUACAAGGUUUUUGUUCACUGAAAAUUAAAAUUACUCAAUUCCCAGAUGGAUUCCGUCGUAACCUUUUUUUUGAUGAUUUACUCAGUUAUCUUUGUGUAAUCAUUAGGAAUUAAAGCUUGAUGUCAUUAUGGCCAGGGGAAUCUCACAACCUCAUACUAGCACGUAUCAGGUAACUGACAAGUUUUAAGAUGUGGCAGAUUUAGUAGUUCAUGUGGCUGUUAUCCUUAUUUACAGUGUAAUAAGCAAUUUGCACUAAGAUGUCAUGUGACAUGUUUUUGUGAUUAAAAAAAAGUUAUAUGAUUUUACCUUUGAAAAACGAUUAGUGGAUCAGUGAAACAAUAAUGUGUUAACGUUUACAGCACAUCUGAGCAUAACAAUCAAAUGUUUAACAAGAUACAAACAAAGAGUAGUUUUAUUUGACCGCCAUGUUGGAGGGCAAGAGUACAUUUAUGCCAUCCAACGUGGUGGCCAAUACAAAUCACACUACUUUGUUGGAAAAUCAAAGUGCCAUAAAAUAUCUCCCUUAACUGCAUUUCCUCUCUAAUGUAGGGUGUAAGAUUAUUGUUAUGUGCUCUGUCAAUUUUUCAUAUCAGCAAGAUUCCAAGUCAUUGUUUAAAGGGGUGAGCUUAUUUAUGGUUUUGGAUUCAAUGGUUUGGGGGGGGGCUAAUUUGAAGGAGGACACUAAUUUGAGUAUUUACAGCAGCUUAAUGUACACUCAGUUUUUUAUUACGUAAGUUUAAAAAUAAUAUUCAUCCUAACCUUUAACAUUUAAAUCCUAUUAUCUGUAGGCUAUGAACAGUCUUCCAGGAGAGGAUAUAGGGAAAGAGGCAGAGGCCGAAGUGCACUUACAGAAGGCCUUUGCAUGCCGUCAUCGCAACAUGGGUACUUGGGAAGAAUGCAGUGACCUCUCCUGCCAAACAAUCCAGCAACUUUUGGCCCAUUCGCAGAAUUGUCACAUGCGCGUAUUAGGAGGUUGUGGCCGUUGUAUUCGUUUAAAAAAUAUGUUACUUUCUCAUGCUUCAAGUUGUAAGCUUCCACGAGGAGCAUGUGUUAUUGAGAAGUGUGAUGACAUCAGGAGGUACAAGGAAAGAACCGACAUCCCUGUUAAUCGCCACUGGUCCCGCAAGCUUGAUCAACUGUUCUUUAGACCAAGUCCACCUAGAUCACCCACUGUGCUUCAAAAUGAACCUGACUUCUCUCCCAGGGAAGAUGAAACUGAUGAUCAAGUGGAAUCCUCCCAAGGAGACGCCCUUAAUCUGAGCAGCCUUAAAAGUGCAAAUGAGAAUUCUGCACGGGAAACACAAGGGGUGUGGAGCCAGUAUCAUCUCGAUCGCCCUCCAGACUUCCCUCAACCAUUUGAAAACACCCACACUUUGUCAGAAGCACAUGUAACAGUCGCCCGUGGUCCUGGGGUUGAAGAAGAUGAGAGCGACACAUCUGCUGCGCCAUUGAGUGCCAUAUGUGUACCGGGAACUAGCCAAGCUGCUGAAAAUAUCAUUCUCAGGCAGGAGAUCAUUUGGCCCCUUAAUAAGGUAAUGAAAUCAACACUUUUGAAUAAUGAGUAAGUGAGUACCUAGUUAAGUAGGUUCAAUCGACUCAUUAAACCAACGUUAUAUACUACUUAUUAACCAAGAGUGAGUUCAUUUCAAGGAAACGGUCAAUACAUCGAGGUCUGAUAUUUUGCUGUAAUAACAGAAUGCAAGAUGUUAAUAAGUUAUUCUUUAUAUGCCCUUUUCAUUAUGGACCUGAGCCUGCGAUGAAUUAAAACCAACAACUGAUCUGCAGAUAACCUAAAAAAAAAUGUCACCUCAAUGAGUUGUACACCUGAACCUGUGAUACAAGUUAAACACAGAUUGUAUAUACCUUGGACACCUACAAACAGUGACAAAAUUGUACUCAAAUAGAGUAACUUCAGAUAAAAAAAGAAUCCACACCCCUCCUCUGUCCCCUCAGCGUGCAAAGAAAGUAGUGUCUGAUAGCCCAGGGCUAGUGGAUUUUGCUAUCGGGCUACUGAAUUCUGUUAUUAACUUGCCCAACAGGCAAGUUAAGUUUUUUGAGAAAUUCAAAUUACAGAAGAACUGUGAAAUCAAUCUGCUCAUCAAAACGAUUUUGGGGCUAGCUGAAAUGAUGUUUGGGCUAGUAAAUGUUAGCUUCAUCUUGCCUGAAUGGUAAGCUGUAAAAAUGGCUUUCUUUGCACCCUGCCCCUCCAUUCAAAGUUGGGUGUUUGUUGUCUUCUAUAGGUAGCUCGAACAGUGGCACAACAUUGCAUGGAGGGGAUGGGGAAGGAAAAGCUAUAUUUCCCCCUUUUGAAGUCAGUUAAACGUAAAAAAAAAAACAGUUUAGGGUGAAGUGUCUCAACUCAUUUUGUCGCUGAUUGUGGCUAGUAAUGCCAGGUCAUUACAAGAAAACAGCCAAUCAGAGCACGUGAAAUAUUGUAGCCACAAACCAAUAAUACAAUCAUAUUCCAAUGACAAAUACAAUAAAAUUAUGGAUAUAUUAAUAAAAAUAUUAUUACAAUCUUAUUACAGUUUCUAUAGUGCCAAAAUCCCUUGAAGUUUAAGGUACUUUACUUGUAAAUGUGAAAUUGAAUGUAAUUUUGUGUACAUUAAUGCCCAAAUAUUACAAGUAUAAAGUAUUAAGUGUUCGUUGGGCAGCCAUUUUGCCAAUUAUUUCAUAAACAUGGCCAGCGCUGCUGGGUCAUGUACAUGUGUAAUAUUAGAAAGUGUCCUUUUUCUUCCUUUUUAUUAUCUUUUUAUUUUAGUUGAGUUAAUACGUGAAAUUUAACUAUCUUGUUCUAAAAUAGUUGGUUUUGUAUUAAAUUUUUGGUACACUCAAACUCAAAUUGUCUGUUGAACAAGUUCACUAAAAGAGAAACUUCUAGUAAAACAAGGUUAAAUUUGCAUCAUUUAUCACAUUUAUUAAUCAACCUUUCCUAACGUACAAUAUGCCCUGAAAAUGUUGCAUAAUUUCUGAUUUAUCAUUGUACCCUAUCGGAUAGCCUCCCACGCAGGCGUUUUUGGGGGAGCUUGUUUUUCAUUCCUCCCCACAAAUGCCUGCUCAACCAAAAACAACAUUCCUUUGUCAUUGUUUUGUUUGCGUGGUAAGUGACCAAUCAACAGUUUUUAAAUAGAGUGUUGACAUGCUAAACACGACUAAAACAUGACCUUAGAGUUACCAUUUUCCUUCUUUUCUUUCCUUCGCUAAGGUUAUGCAGUGCAUGGAGUAUUCUAAAAUUUGACCAAAUCUUGGUUUUGCCUGAAUAAUUUUAAUAAGUAGUUAUUAAGUAAGAAAUCCAUCAUUGAUCUGUAUUUAUUGAUUAUUUUUAGGAACAUUUGAGUGUUGGUGAGGAUGGAUGUUAUGUGGAGAAGGUCCACUGGGCACGUGAACGUCACAUCGGUGGUGGUUCUUGUGGCCGUUGUUAUCUGUGUAUUGACUUGAACUUCAACUUCCUAUUUGCCAUUAAAGAGGUACGGCUCAUUUUUCCUAAAUAUCUCUGUUAUUACACUUGGUGACUAUGGCUUUUGUGUUUCAUUAUUAUAUUCUUGGUUAAGAUUUCAUUAAUAAUCCUAAUCCAUAAGUUAUAAUAGGUGGAAUAUAUGCAUGUGUAAUCGUCUGGGUGUUCGCAGUUCUGAGUAGGACUGUUGUUGAUGGUACACAUAACUGUUGUUUUGACAACCUGUGCGGUAGUCAUCUUCAGAGUUAAAGUGAGUUGUAUCAUGGGGUUAUCAACCUAAUUUAUCAUUUUAAGUCACACUGUUAAGCUGUGAUUUCAUUAGAUAGGAUGACUUUAAAUGUCAUUUGCAAGUUCCGAUCAAUCGUUUGUCACAAUUAAACAGCUGUUUACUUUUGUUUGUCAAAUUCACGGUUAUCUGGAGUCAUUUGUAUAGCCCCAGUAACUCUUGACUACAAUUCAACAGUAGAAAAUUCAGUUAUGAUUCCAUCAACAGUUCAACCUCAUUCUGAGGGUUCUCUCCUACCUGCCCUACAGAGCGAGAGAGGGAGAGAGGGGCAGGUAGGAGAGAACCCUGGGAAUGAGGUUGUCAACAGUUAUGUAUUCAGGACAACACUCACCAGCACGAUUAUACACCACCUACUUACAGUGUAUGAAAUGUUUCCUGGGUUAAAACAUUUCUCUUUAUAGCUGUUACUGUUCACUAGAUAUGGUCUUGACUUUGAAAGAAGUGAGGAUUGAACUGCACAUAUACAGCCACUAACUAACUGUAGCCACUAAUUAUUCAGUCUGCAGGUAUAGGAUAACAGCAACCCAUGUAAUCAAAUACAAUUAAAUACACGUUACUGAUGAUCAUCUAUUCACUAUAUCACGUGCAUAACAUUGUAGUGACAUUUCUUUUGUAGAUCCCUGAAAGCAGUUUUGACUUAAAUGAAGUGCAGGUUUGGGGUCACCUGUCAGGCCGACACCCAGGCAUUCUGGAGCUGUAUGGAGCUGUAAAGUAUGACGGAAAAUUCACCAUUUUCAUGGAAUACAUGGAAGGCAAGAAAAUUUCUCUCUGUUAGGAAGGGAAUUUCUUCUUAAUCUCUCAAGCUUAAUGUCAACUAAGAACGUAGGUGCUUAAAAAUAAGGGGAAAUUUUAGCUAUGAUAUUUUUGAAAAGAUUUUAAACCUGAAUGAUAUAGAAAGAUAUUGGUGGACAAUCAAAAAGUCAUCAGUUAACCUCAUUUCCAUGCAAAUAAAUAUCAUACCAUCAAAUCAGUGGUAUAUUGCUUGCAUCUUCCAAAUAUGGUGUUAGCCAGGGAUGUCACUAAGUCAAGUAGCUGGGUAACUGCAUGUACAACAAGUAGGUGGGGAAUAAAACAGCAAGGGAUUUCUUUUGGUUCUAUAUGUCUUCUUUUUUUCUAUGAAAGUAGCCCAGGGCCAUGUUCAUGGUAGGCGGGGGAAAUCCCCGGCCCCCAGGUCUUAAUGACAGCCCUAUGGUAAGCGCUUUUAAAGGAGCUGCGUAUAAUUUUAACAGUGGUACAUGUAACUGCCACCAAAUUGAGUGAAACGUAAAGAUAAAUUAAAGCUCCAAACAUGGCAUGGAUGGUCAAACUUGAAGAAAAAUGAUUGAAACAGAUUGCAAUAAUUGUAUUUUUUGAAAACUGGUUAGCCUGGCAGAUUUUCAAAGUUCAUUUUUGUUGUGAACAAAAUAAAAGAUGCUAAAUUUUAAGCUCAGUGAAGCAAAUGUGAAAAUGAAAUGAUCAACAUGUCAUGAGGGUGGGACAAAGAAAACAUUGUUGCUUGUAACGUUUGAAAUAAUGCUUGGGAGACAUAAUAGUUAUUUGACACAGAGCUUCAAUGUUUCAUAGGUGAUAAGGAUGUGUAAUUAAUAUUGUAAACAAAAUGAACUGGCCAGCAAGCUGUGACACAGUCCCUUAAACUUAGGUGGCAUUAUUUUCCCAUGAGGUCAUGAGGUUUUGCAAAACAGUCGUAUUUCAAGUUAUCUGUCAUUUUUCUUUUUUAAUUUGCAACAGGGGGCUCUGUGGAUCACGUUGGGAAAAUGCAUGAGACUUUGGCAUGCCACAUCUUUUGCAAGGUUCUCUCUGCUGUGGACUUCAUGCAUUCUCAAGGAAUAGUACAUCGGGACAUUAAAGGUUUGUUAUGGCAGUUAAAGUACCCUUUACAUUCACAGCAGGUCAAGCCCUUAGUGUACCCCCAAAGAUUUCAUUCAUGAAUCUAUUAGUCAUUGCCGUAACCAGUCUCAAAUUCAAAUCUGCAUUCCUGCAUGCAUAAUAAGCAGUGAUUUUUUCUCAAUUACUCCUCUGUCUUCGGUCAGAUUGGAAAAUCUUGGAAUGGAUAAAAUUCAGUUGCUUUGAGGACUACAUUUUACAUCAAAUUCAAGAAAACCGAGCUGACAGAAAUUUCAUUUUUAUAACUACUUCACAUGCGAAUUCACUGCUUAUUACUUAUGCAGGAAUACAGAGGUACACUUGACCUGGCCUGACUGUAAAUCUACCCAAUUUAUAUUAAGGCUCUUCAAUGGGAAUGCUGAAAGGGAUGCAAAACACAAAAUUUGGUGUGGCAACAUGCCGGCAGAUUUAAUAAGAUUUUGCUCCAAAGGCUACCAGAAACACAGGUGUACCUUCAAUUAGGGUUCUCCUUAAGUGCCGGCUACGGGCUAAAAAACCAGCUGCUUGAAGGAUUGAGCUGUCUACCUUUUGGGAAAAAAGGGGAAAGUGAGAGGGUGAAAGCCUGAAAUUGCCUACAGCACUCAAGCCGUUACCAAGCCGCCUAUAUUUACAUCACAUAGCUGCCUACUUUGAAACUUAAUGAGAACCCUGCGUAAACACUACAAGUGAUUUAAGCUGUGAUAGUAAUUCCAAUACAUCAACACAACUUUUCAGCGUGAGUCGUGUUUUAGAUUAAACAUGUCAUUUUUGUUUUCACAGGAGCAAACAUUCUCACUGAUGAAACAGGGGAAAAAGUAAAGUUAGCUGACUUUGGAACAAGCAUCUGGCUUUCUAACGGAUAUCAACAGGAUGACUUUCCUCGAGGAACAGAGCCUUUUAUGGCACCCGAGGUAAUAAUCAUGAUACAGUGCUACUGGUUCUUCUUAUUAUUAUUAUUAAAGCUGAAUCAUUGGAUAUUCAAUUCUAGAGCUCUGAUUGGCUUAGCCAUCAUGGUAUAUGAGCCAUUAUACCAUGCUCUCCAAAUAUGGUAACUGUACAUGUGUAUGCGUCUGCUCAAAAUUAAAAACAAUCUGAAAAUCGGUUGUUUUUACAAAUGAAGUCUGGAAGAAUUCUCGAUACUUUGUGGGCGUUUUUAAUAAAACAAUUUAUUAUUCCACUCGUGCUUGUAGGAUAUGAGAUGGUUAUAGCCAACUCGGCUCUACGCGCCUCGUUGACUCUCUACCAUCUCAUAUCCAACGCGCACUUGUGGAAUAAUUGUUAAUUAUUUACAGUUGAUUGCAGUUAACCUCUAUCCCCUCAACACCCAAUAAUUGGAAACCUCCCUUACUUGAGGCAGACAUCUCUCAUAAGCAGACACUUGGUCAUGGCCUCAACUGCUUAGAAACAAACCCUGCAUUUUUCAAUUUUGAUCUUCCUUUUGUGCAUGCAUCUUAAGAACACAUUAGUUUUCUGGGCAGGGUUAGCCUGCGUAGCAAGCGUUUCUGUGCGGUUUAGGAACAAAAUUUUGUUGGUUCUCGUUUCAUUUCUCGCGCGGUCAAAACCGAAAGUCCCCUUCCACGAUCUUUUUUUGCUCCGAAAACAAACGGAAACGCUUGCUACGCAGGCAAGGGCAGGGUGGAUUGCUGGUUACAGGAGGUUUAACUGUAUACUCACUUCCCUUGAGGAGCUGUUCAUGAACAACCAAAAAUAAUAAGCGCUGGAAACAUUAAAUUCACCAUUUUCCAAGAUGGACACACUUGACAGUUUUUCAGUGAAAUUUUUAUGAACUUUAUGAACUUUAUUGAAUUUGCAUGGCUCGCGCCACCAAAAUGUUCCUGAAACUUGCUGAGCCUGCUCGAAGGCUAGUCAAUAGCCCUCUUGGUUAUUAUGUGUGGAGUCCCAGGUAUUUAUGGUAAAAUUUCAGUUGUGUUACAUUAAUCACGUACUUUGUUUUUUGUUUUUUAACCAGGUCUGCCGUAGUGAUCGUCACUCAUUCAGUGCUGAUAUCUGGAGUUCGAUGUGCGUUCUUUAUCAGAUGUUGAAAGGAGUUCAUCCAUGGGAACAAUAUCGCCACUCACAUCGUCUGGUUUUGUUAUAUAAGGUAAUGCCAUAGCCUGCGUCGUGGACGUAAUCUAACUUCAGGGUUGUCAAAAGUCGCCGGCUGCGAGAGAUGGCUAUUUUCACCGGCUUCGCUCGUAACGUCUGCGAAGGAGGGUCGAGAUCAUUGUUGUGGACACCCAACGGACUCAACGAAUUACUAGAAGUGUGUUUGAAAUUUCCCUUUAACAAUUAGCCCAUUGAACAAUAACAUUUAAAAAAAUAAGCAAAUUAUGGCUUGUUCUCAAAUCGUGGUAUUUUGUCUUCUGGGAAAACAGCCUUCACAUUUUGCCACAUUCAUGUCUAAAACUGCAAGAAAACUCCGAACUUAUUACUUUGUAUGAGACAAUUAUUUCUAAUUGCCAUAUGAUUUCAGUAGACUGAAUUUCUUGUGUUUUAGGUGAGGAUUAGGGUUAGGGGAAACUAAUUCCUUUAUGUCUGUCAUAAAGAACAUGAGUCUUAUUAUCUUGCAUUCCUGGGCAUUUCUCGGUGUUGCCCGUUGGGCAAGUGAUCUUUAACCCUUUAAGUCCCGAUAUACAAUGGCAAAUUCUCCAAACUGAUCUCCAUACAUUUCCUUAAAGAAUUAGUUGAGAGAAUUUGAUAAAAAGAUCAAAGCAUUUUCCCUGAGGUGAUCAUUUUAUUAAAUCUUGUAACCGUUUCUUUUGCGAGGAGAAAAUUGUUGUUGGUCACUCUUAAGACUUACAUGGUAAAAAGUUAAAUAGAGCAAUUUUCGUUUGACCUUGAAAUGAAAACGCGCGAAUAAAACAGAAACAACAAACGAACGGAAAUCGAGCGAUUUGAUUGGUUUAUCUAACGGAUUUCUCAAAAUCAAUCGAUAAUUCACUUUGACGUCAUGCUGCAACACGAUUGGCCAAUCGAACAAUGCCUCUCCAUAUUACGGUUUUCUUUGGCGAGAAAACGAAGAGGCCAUGUUUUGAUCUUUUCAUCCAUGGGCUGAUAAAACAAAUAACGAACACUUGCCGAAACCAUUUUUCAAGGUCAUACGAAAAUUGCUCUACUUACCUUGCAAGAAAAUCUACUAUACCCGCUCUACUGGACGGGACUCUUUUUCGAGCCCUUGUUUUGCUUUCUUCGAAUCUCACAAAAUGAUAUGAAAACAGACAAUCUGUAGUUGUCGUUGAUAGUUCACUCGUAGUGGCGGUGACAAGUUCUCAGAUGUUACAAGAAAUGUUAGAAGUUUAAUCAUUUUGCGAUCGUAAUAGGGAUUAACCUCCUUGCCAACUUUUCUGGUGAAAAAUAGUGCAAUGAAGCUUUCCCGGGUGUCAAUUUUUUGAGAAAACGCGAAAAAGAUGUUAAGUUACUGUCGUGCUUGUCUUCGAAUCCAAAGGUCUCUUUUGUUAAGUGUUAGAACCGCGUUGUGUAGCACAAUAAACUGAACCGAAAAAAGGUUCUGUUUGUUCUUUUAUCGUUUGGUGAACAGUUGUUCUUUUUGGUUAGCAAGGUAAAUAAACUGGUCAUCUUUUGUUUCUCGUUGCAGAUUGGGUCUGCAAAAGAGCCCCCACCCUCUCCUCCCUGCAGCCCAGAACUUGAGGAUGUCUUCAACAAAGGUUUUAAGCUUGAACCAAAGCAAAGACCCACCGCAAAAGAACUGUUGAAACACCAAGUUUUUGUAACAGGUGAGCUACAUGUCAUUUAAAGUAGCUGUGUCACGAAAUUUAUCAAAAGUCAAACCGGGGUAACUGCCACCAAAUUGAGUGAAAUAUAUCUGGGUUUGUUUCCCCUAAAUGGUUAAUUUUGCGGCAAAACGAAACACAAUAGGGCCAUUUAUACGAGGAAAAAUAAGACGCGAACUGUACCAAUUAUACGAGCAUGUCUUAUCUGAGACGAAAACAGCUCGUAUAAAUGGUUCGCUUCUUAUUUCUGUUCUUGACUCGUUUUCAUGUGAGUGUUACCCGUAGCAACGGCAACCAACAAGGCGCGAAAAUUUUCCCGCCAAAAAUUAACGCAUGCGUACUAUGCGUUCGCGUCUUAUGUAAGACGCGAAGGUCAUUUAUACGAAGUUUUUCUCGUCUUAGCUAAGACGCGUCUUAUCUAAGAACAGAUGUUAAGGGCUGUUCUAAUAAGACGCGUUUUAGCUAAGUCGCGUCUUAUUUUAGACGAAAUGUGCCGCUUAUGCAGAAAGUUCGCGUCUUAUUUAAGACGCGUCUUAUUUUUCCUCGUAUAAAUGGCCCUAUUAAAUGUAUAUGUCUGGGAUUCCCUUCCCUACCCUACUGAGUUUUUAACGCUUACCUCCAGAGUAUGUACGGGCGUACGCUGACCUCAUAACCAAAUUUUCUGGCAUCGAUAGGUUAUUCAUUUACUCUUAGGCUGUAUGGGGCUCCGAAGCAUGCGCGGACGCUCCGCUACAAAAGGAGACAAAGAUAGAGUAAGACAAACUUCAAGAAGAUUGAAACGGAUUGCAAUUGUGUUUUUUGAAAACUAGUUAGCCUUCCAGUUUUUCAAAGUUCAUUUUUGUUGUUUGUAACAUUUGAUAUAAUGCUUGAAAGACAUAUUUGUUGACACGAAGCUGUUUGUAGUCAUUCACAAGUAAUUUCGUAAUAUUACCAUAGCGAAUAAGGACGAGUAAUUGGCGUUAUUAACAGAAUGAACUCGACAGACGUGACAGCCCCUGUAAUGCAUUGGCCAUGUAGCUGAGCCUACAAAGUUUGUCUGAAUAUUAUCAUCAUUUCUGUAAAUAAAUUUUUGCACUACCGUAAAUCUUCUUAUUUCAAACACAUUUGAGGUGGGUUCAAUAGAGACAGGGUGCUUAUUUGAGAGGAGGAAAGGAGGGGCUUAUGGUAUCAGUUCCCCAUAAAGAACAAGAAUACAAAGUGGAAAAUGUCAAGUACAAGAAAAGAGAGGUCAUGCAGCGAGGAUCAAAAACAAAUCCGAACUUCCAGCUGGUGAAUAAACCAUCCUGGAUCUGCCCACGUGAAGUUUUACAGUAGUUAUUGAUGGAUGCAGUCUAUCAUUUAUCAGUGAAGAAUAAUAAGGGGGAUGCUUUUUUUUAAACGUUUUUCCCUCAAGGGGGGGGGAGCUCAUUAGAGAUGGUAGAUGGUGUUUUAUGUGGUUUACUGUAAUAAUUUUCAUUAUAAUUAUGUUUUUCUACCGAUUGUGUUACAGCCCAAGAUGUCUCCAACAUGGCAAUUCCUUUUUUUUCUCCUGGCUACGAUCCUGAUUAUGAAAGCAGUCUUAGUUCCUUGAUCAGCAGUUUGGCUGACUCAUCACCUGUGUCAGGUCGAGAAGAUGAUGAUGAUGAUGAUGAUGGUGAUGAUGAUGAUGAAAGCCAUGAUAUUGAACACGAUGGGCCUCAAGUGAAUGGGGCUGUUAACAUCGAGCCAUCUCAAGAACUACAGUCAGCAGAAGAACAGUUGCACUCCUUGCAAAGUGGUUAGUAUGAAGAUAAAGAAAUCUUGUCAUCUUUACAUUUGCACCAAUCUUUUCAAAGGGGCUUUUUCUUGAUAGAUGUCUUUAAGGGCGUGUUCGAUUGAGCGUUUUCCGGAAUAAGUAAUAAAUGGAAUAUGACUUGUUUUGGCUUUCAUUGCUUUGCUAUAUCUAAAAUUCUGCUUGAAAUAAAAUAUUCCGAUCUGGGCCCGGGAUUCCGAUGUACAUGUAUGCAACGUUUAAAUGGUCCAAAAAUUACAGUAGAAGAGGUUUGUAACAAGACAUUUGAGUAUCUUCUUAUUUCGGAAUACAAUCAAUCGAACGCACCCUUAGCAACAAAAUCACGGUCACUUAACAAACAACGAUGAUUCCUGAGUAUUCUAAUUCAUACAAUUUGAGCUUAACUUGAAAGUUUAUGCGAGUGCAGAUUUUCUAGUUGAUUUAGCUACAAUCACUUUCAUACGUCGCCAAUUGUGCUCAUUCAUUGCCCUUUAGAGUUUUUCUUCGGUUUUAAGUGGUUGUUUGAUAUUUUCGUCUAUCUGUGACCAGUUUUAAAACUGCAUGAUCCAGUCACAUAAACUAUCAUCAUCUCACUCAUUUCUCGGGAAAUCGGUGUGGGACAUCGAUUCACCAAGAUAUAUUUACCGGGUGUAAAGUUGUUUCGCCCAAAAGUCAUUUACCCUGGAAUAGGGUUGAUUCGCCCAAUGUUACCAUUUACCGAAGGUUAAUUAUAACCAUGGAGACGUUCGAAGGAAGUGGCGAGCCAUGACAGCUGCCUAAUGCAGUAGUGUUUAUCGCGAGUUUCCUGAGUAGCGGUAAAAUAGCCAAUGACUUCCACGGUCGCCUGAUUUUGACUUGCGUACGUGCGUAAAUAAAAAAAGAGGCAAUGUAUCAGUGAAACGUCGCGCUUAAACGUAAGAGUUGAGCGAGGUUCAAGUUUUUAUGCUUACGCGCGACAUUCCCUGCAACGUUACCCUGGGUGCCAGAGGCUUUUCAUGGGCGGUUUCAGGUUUCCGUUAAGUCUUUUAAAAUGACCUGCGCAAAAAGCUUCGCCGUUCGUGUCUUCGGCCUUUGGCCGAAGACGUAAUCUUUUACGACGGACAAGCUCCUCGCGCCACGCGAAAAAGCCUCUGGUACCAGGUGCCGUAUCGUCUAAUGCACGUAAAAUUUAUGUGCGUACGUGGCAGGCGUGGAAAUCCCCUCGAGUGCGCCUUUACGCGGCAAAUUUUCAUAGCCACUACACGCAGCAAGCACCGUGGGAAACAAACUCAAGUGUGACCGUUUUUACCACGGUGUGCCAAACAGCCCGAUAAAUGUACCGCAAGAGAAAAAACGGGGGGAUUGCUUGUGAAUUGUGGCAAUAAACCUGCCUUUCCUGUUCCUAGAGCUAUUUCGGAGCUUGUCAGGCGAAGAGCUGGAGAGACUGGUCUUAAACGGCAUUGCUGAAAAUUCGAGUAUGACGGAUAAUGACAUCAAUCUACUGAGCAGUCAGGAGGAUUUUGAUCUUGAAAGCUUAAUUGGUAGGUAACUUCGGUGUAUACAUUGGGACCUCUAUUCAGGGAACACCCUCGGGACCAAGGGUGCUUACCAUUUGACAGAAAAAUCCGGUUGGGGUGUCGAAAGCAUAAUGGUAAGCAAUUUACCAGUUUACCGCAGAAUUGCCACAUCCGUUACGGUUUAAAUCCAAAGGGACAAAUUUGUGUAGCGUGAGUCUGGAACCGAGAAGGAACCGGUUAAUGGUAAGCAACAUUCUGUUUGGUUCGUACCAACCGGAAUGAAAGGACUACCUCAAAACGUACUCCUCAAUUUUCGGUUGGAAUUUCCGAAAUUUUGCGUCAAAUGGUAAGCUCCAUGAAUAGAGGUUUCCUGGGGUGGGGUUUGUCAAUAAUUAUGCAAGAAAUAAAAUAUUUUUCUUUUAUUUUGCCUUGGAACUGAUCUGUUGUAGUCUUAAUUGAAGUAGCAAGAUAAUGUAUAAAAAAACAUGACUAACUUAUCUCUGCGAUAUCUUGUGUUGAAUUCCGCCCUACAAGCGCAGUACGUCGAUCAAUUUAAGUGAAUGGAGGCCAUUGCCCAUUAAUAGAUACAGUGAAACCCGCCCUACUGUCACCUCGGUAACACGGUCACCUUGUUUUUACAGCUACUUUAUUAUGGCCGCCUGGCAGAACGGCCAUACAUUUUCUUGUAAAACAACCUCGUUAAUACGGUCACCCAUUAAUGCGCAAAUUUUUCAGGCAUUUGGUGACCGUAUUAACGGUGUUCCACUGUAUGUUCUUAUUUACCUCUAGAUCAAAUCAAUUUGGAUAGCAGUGUGACAUCUGAAAAGUGGUCAUAUUCUAUGUCAGUACAGACUAAACUCGCCCUUAAUGUAGUUAUUAGAGGUUUAACUAAUCUCGAGGAUGGCGCAUUUCCCUUUCGUAAACGGUCGUUGCCAUUUUUAUGUAAUAUAUUUCCGGAUUAAGUUGCAAUAAGGUGAAUAAUUCGCUGUUGAAUACUAGUCUUAAGAAAGAGCACGACGUGGACGUCUAACUUCAACUUUACGUUGAAACUUAUGGCAGGGGCUUGGGUGACCUGUUAUUGAUGUGUCAGUUAAGAAAGACUGUUGCUAGUUCAUGUAUUUAAGUUUUUCGGAAUUUUGGCCGGUCGAUGUCAAUUAGUGUAGUGGUAAGGAGAGAUUAGAUACGAAAGUUCGGGUUGGAGGUUUCGCCUCCACUGUCCUGAGUGUAUACCAAUGUUUUUUCUCUUAGUGAACCUUAAGGUGGCCCUUAAGAAUAUCGCUCCCAGGAAAAUUUUGUGCUAUACACCUGUAUAAGUGGCGUUUGCUGCCGUCGCUUCGUCGAUUACUGGAUGUUGUUCGGAAAUGAGCCAGCUCUCUUCCCGAGCAAGAAGACCGAACUUAGAGAGGGUGGAAGCCGUUGUGGGCUUAAGCUCCACGGAAGGUGUUAAAAGAGUAUCAAUGAAUUCUCCGAAAGCUCCGUGUAUAUUAUUAAGUUAGAAUUAUAGGACGCACCGGAUGACAAAACACGACUCUCUUUUGUACAACAGGAGAAGGACAAAUAUUCAUCUUCUUAGACGCAAGCAAAUCACAAUCGAUGAAUUUUACGUAACAACAACUUCCAAAAUCGAAAAUUGAGCUGACGUUUUUCAAGUUUUUAGUCUAGUUUUGCUCACCUCUUAGAAUACGUGUUCAGACGAGGAGCGUGGCGUGACGAGACAAAAACGGCUGCGUGUGGGAGACUACUUAGGUGUCCUUAGUUAAAUCUUACAUUCUCAUUUAAACGGCACUUCCCCCUUCCCACGCUCCUUCCCUGUUCCUAGUCUCCCACACAGACGUUCUUUUUGGCUCGUCAUUUUUGGGGAGGAUUGCGUGACGAGUCGAAAAGAAUGUCUGCAUGGGGUUUACCCGUUCCCCUUGUCAAAUAAAAAUUUUCCUGUGAAUGUACUUUACGAUACCUUGUUGCUGUGUAAUCAGACCUGACCAAGCUUCAUAUCAAGAACAUUGAUGGGGACCUAAUGUUUAAUAUGUGAACGACACCACCACCUAUGGCAGCCUGGCAAAGACCAUCAUGGAAAUGUAAAAGAGCUGAAAAGAUCAAUGUGAAAAUCUUUUUAUAACAUGAAGAUUAAAGCUACAAUCGGCGACAAAAUUAGUUGAGACACUUUUACCUUAAAGGACAUCUCUAACGUUCUAUAAACAUAAAAAAAGGGAAAAUAAACUUUCUCUCCCCCAUCCCUCCAUGCAAUGUUGUGCCGCUGUUCAAGCUACCUAGAAAACAACAAACAUCUCUUUGAAUGGAGGGGACAGAGGGGGUGGAUUGUUUUGUUCUCCGACGUUACCCCAUUUAAGGACAAUGUCUUCACAAUUUUGUCGCCGAUUCAGAUUGUAGCAAAACUACAAAAACAAACAAACAAAACUAUAGCUGAAAUGGACACAGUCCGUGAUAGACUGAAUGGCGUGGUGGCAUGAUGGCAUGAUUUUGAUAUGACAGGGAUCAUUUUUUUUGUCAUUAUUUCUAGAACCACCGUAUACAGCAUAAUAAACAGUACCCCAGGAAAGUACUGCUCAGUAGCUUUUAUUUGAAUGGACACACUAAAGGAUGUCAUCCACAGACGCAAAAGUUAGAACCACCUUGUACAGCAUAAUAAACAGUACCACAGAAAAGUGCUGCUCAGUAGCUUUCAUUUGAAUGGACACACUAAAGGGUGUCACCCACAGACUCAAAAGUUAGAACCACCUUGUACAGCAUAAUAAACAGUACAACAGGAAAGUACUGCUCAGUAGCUUUCAUUUGAAUGGUCACACGUAAGGAUUUCAUUCACAGACUCAAAAGUUAGAACCACCUUGUACAGAAAAGGAGUACUGCUCAGUGGCACUGUUUUUGACACUUAAGGAGUUCACCCACUGACUUGAAAAAUUGAAAUCGCCUUGUAGGACUCUAGAUUUGGCGUAGGACGCGACAUUUAGUUUUCCUAACCAACGCAGAGUGUAUAGUACUAAUUUAACUGUUUUUGUGAUCAGAUUGCCUCCGUGUUAAGGAUUGAAGCCUUUGCGUUAACUAGUGAUGACGGCUUCCCCCUGGAUGUCCAUGCAGAGAUUGGAGAAGAAGAACAAUCUGUAAGGGUUGUCCGUGCGCAUGACACAGACCGCUGGGAGCCUUACCGCUGGAGAGUUGAUGUUCACGGGCUCGUAGAGCAAUGGACCAAUUUUUGAGUCGACCACGUACUUUCUACCAGUCAAUGUUGUCGUGUACGUGCGUUCGCCUUGAUAUAACGUAUCAAAAAAAAUACCUCUAACACUUGUCAUUUUUCCUGUAACGCCAGUCGCCAUUGUUGAAUAGGGAGUUCGAGCAACAACGACGGCGACGGUUACGAAAACGUCACUUAAAAAGUGAAGUCGCGCUGCUUCAAACUGUAUCGCGCUUAUAUCCAUCUCCAUCAUUUAGUCAAAUGCUGGCAAUUUUUUUGUGGAGUUCAAUUCUAAAAGACUGUGAAAAUAGGCAGUUUCACGUCGUAGUCGUGUGUGACGGCAAUGAAAUGUACAAAAAAGCGUGAUGCACGGGCAAAGUUUUUGUUUUGCCGACUAAACCUUUUGCUUUUUGACCGUUCGCGUUGACGUCGUCGUUGUCGUCGUUAUUGCUUAAGCGUCGUAUUAACGAAUAACCACGUUUCAUUGAUGCAAUUUCGAAGAUGUAGCAUUACACAUCGCAUCAUUUUCCAGUUAUAUCAUUUGUGCUAGUUUUGAAAAUCUCAGUUAAUUGUCAUAUAUAGUAUAUUUUUUUGUUUUUGGCGUUAAAGUGUAUUUUUAAUAAGGUACUCAAUUAGAUAGAUACAUAUAGUUUUAACUUCAAAAGUUGUAAAAGAAUAAUAUUAAUACUGGCUGUUUCAUAAAUUAUUUCCUAAAAAUUUAAACUAGUUUCAUAGUCUAUAGUAAUGAGAUGUCAAACAUCAUUUUUACUCACAUAAGGUAAAAGGUAGUUUUAUUAAAUGUGACUUUCGUGUAAGACCUACCGUAUAGAAGAUACAUAUAGUUUUAACUUCAAAAGGUGUAAAAGAAUAGUUUUAAUACUAGCUGUUUCAUAAAUUAUCACCUAAAAAUUUCAUAGUCUAAAGCAAUGAGAUGUCAAACAUCAUUUUUACUCACUUAAGGUAAAAGGUAGUUUUAUAAUUUUGUAACCGUGUGUUGCUUUUGAUACAAUUGAAAGCGUCUAGAUUGAGUUUGAAGUAUCUUGUCAUUUAUAAUCGUAUCUGUAUGACUAUUUUAAUUAAAAAAAACGUUAAAUGUAGCUUUCGUUUAAGACCUACCGUUGUUUUUCAUUUUCUUGAGUACUAGACGAUAUAAAUUAGUUAACAAAACCGACG